AGUCGUUAAGGCUCCGAACCUGGAGAGGGCUCAGAUGUAGCGGGUCGGCCGACUCUGCGGCCAGUGUCCAUGGGACUGGGGCCGGAUUAGGGAAGAAGCCUGGGUUUGGGAGUGGAGAUGGCAUCAAGAAAUCUGAGAAACGAGAACAGAAAGACGCUGCGGGAGAGUUAUGGCCUGCAGAGGCUCCCGUAGCGUUUCAGGGUGGCGCUGCUUUCGGUAGAGACCUCUCCCCCAGCCCUUCCGGAAGCGGCAUCUCUCCGCCCCACGCUGUCCCCGCCCUGCGGCGAGGCGGCUGCACCUGAGGGUUCUUCCAGCCGUACACUGCCUGGUUCCGAUGGCCCACUACGAGGAAGUGAGCGUGCUGGGCUUUGAGGAGUUCAACCAGGCCGUGGAGAAGCACAGCGGAAAGACCAUAUUUGCCUACUUUACCGGUUCUAAGGACGCCGAAGGGAAAAGCUGGUGCCCCGACUGCGUGCAAGCUGAACCAGUCGUACGAGAGGGAUUGAAGCAUGUUGGUGAAGGAUGCGUGUUUAUCCAUUGCCAAGUAGGAGAGAAACCUUAUUGGAAAGAUCCAAAUAAUGACUUCAGAACAAAGUUGAAAAUAACUGCAGUGCCUACACUACUUAAAUAUGGAACACCUCAAAAACUGGUAGAAUCUGAGUGUCUUCAGGCUGACCUUGUGGAGAUGUUAUUCUCUGAAGAUUAAGAUUUGAUUAUGGCAAAUGUCUUGAUUUCCUGAUUUAGUAUAAAGAAACUUCAUAAUUGCUUUAAAUUGAUGUUAGCAAUAACUAAAUGAUGCUUGGAAAAUUGGUUUAUAUCUAAAUAAUAGAUGGUAUUAAAGUGAUCACAAACCUUCA